UGCUCGAAAAGGAGAUGAAUCAGAACCUGAUUCUAAAUCUCCGUAUCCAGCAGCUGCAAGAGGAGAGGAAGAAGGAGAAAAGGGAGGACGAGGAGGUGAUCAAGGACCUCCAGAGACAGCUGACCACCUUACAGCGGGCCAUGCACGUCCUCACAGCCCCCCAGAGGUCCCCGGCUCCCACCUUGAACCCCUCUGAUGUAUGCAUCGAGAUGGAGGAGGAGGAGCGCGCAGAGAGCCUUCAGAAGGAGGAGGAACACGCAGACAAAUUAUGUCCUAAGAUGGUGACAAAGACCAGACAGAAUCUGACUAUUAGUGAGAAGGCGCCUGUCUACGAUCUCUCACCUCACUACGCUGGGAAAACAGCAGUGAAGUCACCGGUGAAGCAGGACAAGUCCCUGCCCAUGAUCCCGGUGCUGAAGGAGCUGAAAAAGCUCAAGAAGCACAUAUGCACAGAGAGGAUCAAGCCCAAGAGAGACAUUAACAAGAUCAAGAUGACUUCUGAGGAGAGCACUAUCUCGGAGGGCACUGACAGGACAGCCCUGAUGAACACCAGGGAUGCCGUCAGCAAGAGUAAGAUGGAGGAGAGGGUGAUGACACCAAUGAGGUGCGCUUCGUGGAGAGAAGUCUCAGGCCACGCAAAAGUCCAGAACAAGGCAGAGACAAUGCCAAAGGUGCAUCUGAAUGAGGUCAAGGCUCCAUCCAUGAUCCGGGAGAAGAAACAGCCAGAGAGCAACAGGCAGCCAUGCACCCAGAGGACGGACCUGAAGGACCUCAAAGGAGACAUGAGCAAGAAGUGA